CUUUAUUCGUCUACUAGUGACCCAUAGAUUCAAAAUAUCUAUUAUAACAUCAUUAUGUUUCAACAGAUACUUAAGGCAGUGAUGGUAUUAAGUUUUCUUGGUUCAGUGAAAUCUCUUCUAUGUUAUACUUGCAGCUAUACUGAGACGUUAUCCGGAGCGGAAAAAGGCUGCAUUUUGGAUGUAGCAGGUGUGCGGCAAACUAAUUGUACUAAGAAAUACUGCACUAUUUUAAGGCAGGAAUCAGUGGGCUCUGGAGGAAAAAUUAUUUCGUUUCUCAGGGGUUGUGAAGAUAAGCCAUUGUAUUUGAAUACAGUAAAACAAGACUCGCAAUUUAAAACAUAUUACCGCAGUUGUACUAAAGAUUUGUGUAAUAACUCAGAUGGAACACACUCCGACUCUUCAUUAGAUGCCAACUAUGGUGCUGCAGCUAAUGCUAUUGUAGCGGGUCAAAGUAGUGCAAAAUCCAUUGCAAAAUUUGUAUCAAACAGCAGAAUAUUUUUUCUCUCAUUAAUAACCUCAUAUGUAUACAAAUAUAUUUAAUCACAGAUUAAAACAACAUUGGUCAUACGUAUCUGAUUAUACUUAAAGAUGUCGCUGUAAAUAUUACUUAAGACCU